AUGCGGUUGGAAGGUGUGGCCAUAAAAGUGGGUAGGGGCGUUUUGCGUGAAAACGCGGAUAUGAAUCCAUCUCAGAAAUUGAGUGGACCACCAAGAAAGCCUAACGAACCCUUUCGGGUAUACACUGGACCAGAACGGAUGUUCGGCCACGAUGGACACAAAGGCCAAAAUCACGCUCCUGAGAUUGAAGUAAAGCAGCACGGGAAUAAUGUGCUUUUUUCAGAGAGUGGCCACAUACAAAGACCUGUAUAUCCUCUCCAUGUCGAACUUCCCAUCCUGGUCCGUGAAGAGCUUGGACGUGGCCUCGAGCCCGCUGCUCUUCCACAGCGUCUGGCCGAACUCGGAGUGCGUGAAGUGGAGCCAGUAGUGGUAGAGGGCGUCGAGGGCGGGCCCGAAGAGCGAGGGCUUCGCCCCGCCCACGUCGCCGCGGCGCGCCUGCCCCGCGCCGCCCCCGCCGCCUCCGCCGCUGUUGGCCUGCAUGAGCAGCGGCAGCAGGCUCGCCAGGCCCUCCAGCCCGGACGAUUGCCCGCCGUGGUGGUGAUCGGCGUGAUGCUGGCUGGAGAGGAAGUUGCCGGCCAGGCUGCGGGUCGAGCCCCCGCCGCACCGCCCCGCCGCCGCGCCCCGCCCGCCGCCGUCGCAAGCAACGAACCCAGCCCCGACAGCAGGUCCGCGCCCGGGGCUUCGUCGUCGCUGUCACCCCCGCCGCCGCCGCCCACCGUCCGCCCCGCGGACAGCAGCGCGUCGCUGAUCUGGCGCCCGCCGUCGCUCUGCAUGAAGUUCUGCAGCAGCCCGCCCACCGCCGCCAGCCCGCCGCCCGCGCCCUUGCCCUGCAGCUGGUCCUGCAGCAGCGCCUUGGCCGCCUCCACGAAGGGGUUCGCCUCCUCCUCGUCCUCCGCCGCCGCCGGCCCCGUCAGCGACACGACUAGCACCAGCAGCACGAAGCGCAUCACGUCUCGCCUGAUAAGAUCCAUGGAUCCCACGACCCCGCACCUGCUUCCCUCGACGUUCACACACGCGAUGUCGCACUCGCGAGUCCUUCGCCUUUACACUGUCCGAGCCUGCGCACUGCCACGUACAGCUGGCGAUCGGGAGCGGAGGGAAGAGCGGGCGGCCGGGUCCGCUGCGCCGCGCAGUCCGUUGUCGAGUGGCCGGGCUCUACCUCGCGUAGCGGGACUUUUAUACGAGAUGAAUUCCAGGCGGGUGAGGCGCGCCGGCCAACGUGUAACUGUUGGCUGCCCUGCCAAUGACCUGGCGGCGCCGUUCCGUUGCCCGCGAGUCAUCUACCUGCGCGCGCGCGCGCUCCCUUCCUCCUUCUCUUUCUCCUUCUUCUUCUUGUCCGCUGCGCGCCGCCGCCGUCGCCCGCCCGCCACGCUCCGCCGCGCAUGCGCGCCCAGUCGCGAGGACGAGGAAGGACGUGCGCGCGCCGCACCGCAGGCGGUUUUUGAGCGCAGGCAGGAUACCUUGCCACUAGGCAAAGCAAGGUCGUCCCUACGCGGCCCCGGGCAACUCGCUCUAUAUCUUGAUGAUAGACAUGGAGUUGAAUGA